AUGUGUGAUAUUCAAGCACACGGCGAGGCUUUUUUCUCGGUACAGCACGUUGGGGCUUUACCAAAACCUGGAUACAUACACCCUUGGCGAAUGGUAGAUUUGAAUUCGAAGGAGUGCACCUGUGGAAAUUGGGAGGACGAACAAUUUACCUGUGUACACGCGAUUUGUGCAGCUACCAAACAUGGUAUGAGACUUGAAGAACUGUACGACGCACAACGGCUUUCAAUUGGGCACUUCAAGGAUAUCUACACGUUUAAGUUUUUCCCGUGGCCAACGACAGAAAGCCUCGUAGCCAACCCGCAAACAAAGAUACCACAACUAGUACCGGAGCCCGAGCGAAUUGGCAAAAGGGGUAAGAAACCGGGACCACAUCCGAAACAUGCACGUAAUAAGGCAAAAAAUGCUUUGUAG